GCUCAUGAUUGCGUCUUAAUUUACAAAUCAGGGACAGAGGGAGAUGAAAACCACACUCCAGACAGUAACUUAAUCGGACUCACCACCAAGAUGUUAAAAGUGAAGAGGCUGGAAGAAAUCAACACAUGUUAUAACAGUAACAAACUGGAGGAAAUGGCCUUCUUCCAGUGCAUGGAAAAGGUUGAGAAAGUGAAAUGUUUUCUGGAAGAAAGUUCCAGUGAACAGGAAUCAAGAUCUGGAAAGAAUGAGGCUAAGGAGAAGACACGGUCACACCCUGGUCUGAAGGAAACAGCACCUGUCAAAGGCAAAAGGACACCGGCCCUCACAGAUGAUGUCCCGGCUCCUCCUGCCCCGUUUAAUCACCGUAUCGUGACAGCCAAACAAGCAGCCAUCAAUGUCUUUUAUACUGUGAGCAGAAUGGAAGUUUUAGGAGGGGGGCGCUUUGGCCAGGUUCACAGGUGUGAAGAGAAAGCAACAGGUCUGAAGCUGGCAGCCAAGAUCAUCAAGACCAGAGGCACCAAGGAUAAGGAUGAAGUGAAGAACGAGAUCAACAUCAUGAACCAGCUGGAUCACGUGAACCUCAUUCAGCUCUACGACGCCUUUGAGUCUAAGAAUGACAUUGUCCUGGUCAUGGAGUACGUGGACGGAGGGGAGCUGUUUGAUCGCAUCAUCGAUGACAACUACAAUCUGACCGAGUUUGACACCAUCCUGUUCAUCAAGCAGAUAUGUGAGGGCAUAAGACACAUGCAUCAGAUGUAUAUUCUCCAUUUGGAUCUGAAGCCUGAGAAUAUCCUGUGUGUGAAUCGGGAUGCCAAACAAAUAAAAAUUAUUGAUUUUGGAUUGGCCAGAAGAUACAAACCCAGAGAGAAGCUGAAGGUGAACUUUGGAACUCCGGAAUUUCUUGCCCCUGAAGUUGUGAACUAUGAUUUUGUUUCCUUUCCCACUGACAUGUGGAGUGUGGGCGUCAUCGCCUAUAUGCUACUGAGUGGUUUGUCUCCCUUCCUGGGUGACAAUGACGCUGAGACCCUGAACAACAUCCUGGCCUGUAGGUGGGAUUUAGAGGAUGAAGAAUUUCAGGACAUCUCGGAGGAGGCCAGGGAGUUUAUCUCCAAGCUUCUGAUUAAGGAGAAGAGUUGGAGAAUAAGUGCAAGUGAAGCUCUCAAGCACCCUUGGCUGUCAGACCACAAACUCCACUCCAGACUCACCACUCAGAAGAAGAAGAAUUGUUGCUCUAAUGCAAAGAACCUUGUGACCAAAUAA